GGCGCGACGGCGCAAGGGCACGAGGUCCUCCGAGCCCAGCAGGGGACGGAGCCAGUGGCUUCAGGGCUGGGACGCAGGCCGGAAGUGUGUGGGGCAAAGGAAGAGGUCUGGGUCCUGUCGGCGGGCGUUUCCGGCUAGCACAUCGACGUCGACCCGGUUGAAAACGGCUUCUUGCGAAGGUCUUUCAGAGACUGGUUUGCCGCCAAAGGCCGGCAUCCUGUGUACUCCAGCUGUCUCCAAGACCCUCAGUCUCCGCUCAUCUUACCGUAGGCUGAGAAGACAUGAGCAGCAAAGAAGGAUCAGGAGGGUUCAGGAAAAGGAAGCAUGAGAAUUUUCCACAUAACCAAAGGAGAGAAGGGAAGGAUGUUAAUUCAUCUUCACCUGUGAUGUUGGCCUUCAAAUCAUUUCAGCAGGAACUUGAUGCAAGGCAUGACAAAUAUGAGAGACUUGUGAAACUUAGUCGGGAUAUAACUGUUGAAAGUAAAAGGACAAUUUUCCUUCUCCAUAGGAUUACGAGUGCUCCUGAGAUGGAAGAAAUAUUGACUGAGUCAGAAAUUAAGUUGGAUGGUGUCAGACAAAAGAUACUGCAGGUAGCGCAAGAGCUAUCAGGAGAAGACAUGCAUCAGUUUCAUCGAGCCAUUACUACAGGACUGCAGGAAUAUGUGGAGGCUGUCUCUUUUCAACACUUUAUCAAAACACGAUCAUUAAUUAGUAUGGAUGAAAUUAAUAAACAACUAGUGUUUACAACGGAUAACAAUGGGAAAGAAAAUAAGACCCCCUCCUCUGAUGGACAGGAUAAGCAGUUUGAUACAUGGAGCCUGAAAGUAACACCUGUUGAUUAUCUUCUGGGAGUGGCUGAUUUAACUGGAGAAUUGAUGCGGAUGUGUAUUAACAGUGUGGGGAAUGGGGACAUUGAUACCCCCUUUGAAGUGAGCCAGUUUUUACGUCAGGUUUAUGAUGGAUUUUCAUUUAUUGGCAACACUGGACCUUAUGAGGUUUCUAAGAAGCUGUAUACGUUGAAGCAAAGUCUAGCCAAAGUGGAGAAUGCUUGUUAUGCCUUAAAAGUCAGAGGUUCAGAAAUUCCAAAACAUAUGUUGGCAGAUGUGUUUUCAGUUAAAACAGAAAUAAUUGAUCAAGAAGAGGGCAUUUCUUAGAAUAACAAUACUCAUUAAUUCUCUUAAGAACUCUCAAGAGAGACCAGUUUGUAAGACUGUUAUGUGGCAUUUGAUUUAACUAUUGUGGCUUUUACAUAGAAGUGUUUUCAGUUGUACUUAUUUUAAAUUGUAUACAAGCUGUACAUAAAAUUAUCUGAAUGAAUCAUUUCUUAUAUCUUAUUCAUAAAAGCUUGCAUAAAAAUGUUUGCAUAUAUGCCUAUUUCAGAUUUUGCUGAAUAGCCUUCAUAUGUGUUGUGAACAUGCUUCAGGGUGCACUUUCUGCCAUACUUAUUUUAAUUUACUUUAUAUGAAUUUUGGAGUGCUAAUGUUUAGUGGAAGCCAUUUAUAAUUUAAAUUGGUGAUUUUGUUAUAUAUAGAAAAGAUUUCUUAGAUAUAUCUUGACCUGAGCUUCCUGUCUAAAUGUCUUCAUAAUAUUGUGCGAAGCCUCCGAAAUAGGCUUAUUCAAUGGAACAACAAUUUACAAGUUAAUAAGCCCUCAGUAUUUUUUGAUUUAAGUACUAGUUUAUGAGAUAUUGUAGUAAGAAUUCACAUCAUAUUUUGGCUAAUUUUAGGUCAUUUUGAACUCAUAGGAAACAGCCUUCCAUAAGAAUUGACAGAUGCCUAGAUGUUGUUAGUUCUUCCAUUUAUUUUUUUUUUGUCCUUUAUCACAGAUCUGAUAGGGGAUUGGAGCUAAUGUACUGUGUUCACUGGUUUUUGAGUUAAAUUAUACUCUUGAACACAGAACUGAAAGGCUUUUUGUAGUGAUUAUCUAGCAGUUUUUUGUUGUUGUUGUUGUCAUUAUAUUACAUUAGGCAUGUUUGAAGGCUUUCCUAUUCUAACAUCUAUUAGAAAUUACAUUUAAAUAAUUAUAACAAAGUUUUGAAAAAUUUGAAACACCAAGUUAAUCCAAACCUUUAUAGCUGUCCAGUUGUGUUAAUUGAUAGUAUAAAAAGUUACCAAAGAAAAGUUACCAUGUACAAUUCAGCAAUAAGACAGUUGUCAACACAGUUGAGAAUAAUAGUAGUGGUCUCUAGUAAUAUUUAGAAUUGGAAUUUGCCUACUAAAACUAAUUAUAAAUUAUUCCCUGUGAUGUGAAACUGACACGUGAGCUUGAUACUUUUGGAUGACAACAGACGUUUAAACCCAUUUGGUUUUGUGAGUUUUGAGAAUCUAGAAACAGUAUUUUAUUUUUUGAAAGAUUCACUGUUUGCAAGGGCUGACUCUUUGAAAAUGUAAUUUUCCAAAAAAAAAUCACCUAAAGAGAAAAUAAAAUGUAGACAUGUCUAGUAA